AUGGCUUCUUCCGUCUCUGCCGUCUACCCGAUCCCCCCACGGCCAAACAAACGAGACCAAGGGACAAUCGGUUCGGAUCUCAUCGUCACCUACCACUCCGACUUGGCCCAGUGCGACAUUCUCCCAUCUGGCUCUCGAUACACGAGCGCAGGAAACUUCAAGGCCGGGACCUUCCUACCAUUCAUCCAACCCGCUUUUAUCCAAGAGCUCUACCCGCGCCUCCUGAGCGUAGGAUCCAGCGGGUGGGAGACAGACGAACCGCAGUCUGUACAGGUGGCACUGGCACUGCCGCGCGAUGAUGGCUUGACUCCUGUCAUCCCCCGCCAGCUCGGCGGUCCUGACGAGACAACUCUCUGGCCAACCACUUCGGCACAUGUAUCCUUUGCCGGCCCUGUCGACCUAGAUACCUUCCACAUCAAGGACGGAGUCUGGCCAGAGCCACUGAUCAAGACUUCAGUGUUCGUCAAACUCGGGUCUUACUUGCAACCAGAGAAUGACCGCCCCCCUCGGAAGGGUAUACACAUAUGCCACGUCCUUGUUCUCUUCCCCGUCGACCAGCAACCCUGGAAGUCACUGGCCGGGUGGAUGCGGACCGCCGCAAACCCCUUUCCUAAAGGCUCGUGGAUCGCAUGCAGUGGUCGAGUCCUGGGGGUCCUAGACCGCGACCUAAUCCGAGGGCCUCAGCUAGUCGAUUCCAGCGUUCGAAUCCUGGUGGUUCUUCCCGACAACUGGGAAUUCAUUCGGCAGAAUUCCUUGUCUACCAACAAUACACCCACCUCAAAAUCAUCGAACCUUGUCGACAAGUCACCUACGACACCACGCCCAGCUGGCCCCGGAGGAGUCGCAAGCAGAAACCCAUUCUCGUCACCAAGCCGUGCCCCGAAGACCGCAGAACGCAAAACAACCGCACUAGCAGCCGGCCCUAAAGCAGCGGUGGCUUCAAUCACCGCCGACCCUGCCCCGACGUUCACAGUUCCAUCUUCAGAUGGCGAUGACUCGAACGAUGGUUCGGACACAGAGGAACUAUUGGACGCUCAACUCGUCUCGAGCAGCAGUACCCCGACAAAGAAAAGAAAGGAACCAAGCUCUCCGGAACCGGCCAGAAGCAAGAGAUCCACAGCGGGAAGAAAGAAGGCGCGGCUGUAUGACUAG